AUCACAACUGCGAACCCAACACUCGAUCACAAGCAAAAAGAAGCAUUGCCCUAGCCCCAAAUCAGGACUGGUCCGUCUGUCAGUGCAACACCCAAGCCAAGAUUCCCGGCGCCGGGUUCCGACCAAAGCUGCCCCGGAGUCGGCACAUGCUGUGUUCCCUGAUGGCGAUGCAUGCAGUCGGUGUCUUGGAUUUCACGGCUUUUCUUUUACUACAAAUGCCCAGAUAAUCGAAGUCGUAAGAAAACAGGUUCCCCAUGUCCACAGAAGCAUUGAACUCCAUUUUCCCCAGACCAAAAAACCGAUGCAAAUCAACGGGAGUGGAGGUGGCUGCGGGGUUUCGGUCGGGGUUCCGCACAACCCCAAAACCCCACCCCCACGCAAGCAAUGGACAAGGCUGCUGGCUCCCAGUUCCUGGCUGAAUCACAUGCCAAAAGCACCGCCUUUUCUCAGCUCAGCAUGAUCAAGAGCAGCGACACCCCGUGACGCCAUGAUUCGUGUGGACGGUGCCUGGAACGAAACAGCCCGUCACCCGUUCAAACCUCCGCUUUUUCCGCUUGUGCUUUUCUUGCUCAUUGGACUCUCGGAAACCAGAGAUGGGAACAGGUUAGACCGCCGGAGCUGGGCAGGCCAUGUGCCAUUUUGAGGUCGUUUUUCUCUUUCUCUUUUUUUUCAUGCUCGACACACAUCUCGUGUCUUUCCUUUCUAUCUUGUACACUAGCUCCUUGCUGACGGUCUCGAGAAUUUCCUACCAUUCUUCCCACGAGACUUGAAUUCUUUGUUUGUCUCAGAUUUCACUGUCUUACUUUGUCUUUGUUUGUGUCUUGUCUCUUGUCAGCAACCACACCACCAUCCCUUGAACCGCCUUAAGCCGCAUCUCCAAUCUCCAACGCCCGUGAUAGCACCACAAGCCGCUCAACGUCUGACUGUCUAGCAAAACACACAACGUCCAACGGUCAACGGUGAAGGUGGCCGUCACCACCACCACUCAACCGCCACCAUGAUUGACCACGUCUUGGGGCGACCAUCCGUCAAGUCCCGCCGUCUACAGGUUCUGGCUGUCCUGGCAUUUUGGACAGCUUACCUCCUCAAAGGCAACAAAAACGGUCCCCCAAUCGUACGCUUCUUCUCAAAAUGCCUCUCCAGACGCCUCACCUUCUGGCAAACCCUCACAAUCACCAUGCUCUACCUCUAUUCAGCCCGCAACUUUUCCACCCUCGUCGGCCUCGCCUCCCCCGACCCCCUAGCCAACAUGUACGACGCGACCUACUUCCGUGCCACCUGGAUCCUCACCGCCCUAGACGCAGGUUUCUGGACCGCCAUGCCCAUCAAGACAAAAUGGCUCCGUGACGCCGCUAGUAUCGUCUUCUCGCUGUUUUACAUGGUGGCGGCAGAAAAGGCUGAUGAAAAGGUGCGAAAGGUCAGGGGGAAUAUCACUGUCGAUCAUCUGAGGGUUAGCUGGAAUAAGGGGGUCGAGUCCCCUUAUUUGAGGACGCUGCAGGGGUUGGUCAGGCCGAGAAUGACAAAGUGGCCGCCUAGGCAGGUGAGGAUACCUAGGCCGAGUACCAGUGAUUAUAAGGAGCCGGUGGAGGGGUGGCUGUAUUUUGACGGGCCGCUCAGCGAGCUGAAGGAGCAGGGACAUAACCAGCUUGUGCUUGAUAUUCCUGGGGGUGGGUUUGUGGCUAUGGACCCGAGGUGCAAUGACGAUAAGCUGUUUGCUUGGGCGGCGAAGACGGGGCUGCCGAUUUUGAGUUUGGAUUACAAAAAGGCUCCCGAGUACCCGUUUCCGUACGCGCUGAAUGAGUGUUAUGAUGUUUACUGCACGUUGAUUAGGUCAAAGGGGAGGUGCGUGGGAAUGAGCGGGCAGCAGGUUCCCAGGGUGGUCAUUACUGGUGACAGCGCCGGCGGUACAUUGGCGACGGCAAUGAUGAUUAUGAUCACCGAAAGCGGCAGCAGUCCCAUCCGGCGUUUUCAAGGGCAAACCGACCUCCCCAUCCCCGAAGCUUUGGUGUUGUUCUACCCAGCAUUGGACAUGAACAUCGGCAGCUGGAUGAGCGACGAGCAAAUGGCCCUCAUCAAAGACCGGCGCAUGCGCGGCACCAACAAACGCGUCCUCCAACGCAAGACAAUGCAGUACAACGACCUCGUCGGCACCCCCCACCAAUCCGACGACGAAGACGACGGCACACCCGACAACAACAACAACAACAACAACAAAAACAACAAUAACAACAGUACCCUUCUGGACUCGGGUUCCACCGCCGUCAACUUUGACCCCGCCAACCUCAACCCAGACGAACAUGCUAUCCUCCGCUACCGGGAACCGUGUCUCUCUCCCGCACCACAAUACGCCCACGCGGGAUCGACAACCUUCCACCUCCCCCCGGUUACCUCUCCCCUGCCUCUGUCUCCCAAAUCCCUCCCCACCACACCCCCUCACUCAUCCACCUCCCUCGACCAAACCGCCUCCUCCGGCAAAAAGAAACAGCCAUCCACCUCCCACCACCCCUCCCCCCUCAAAACCCGCCUCGCAAUGUCAAGCAUGAUCUCCUACUUCAACGACAGAGUCCUAACACCAGAAAUGAUGCGCGCGAUGAUCAUCCUCUACGUCGGCCCUCACAACCGUCCCGACUUCAGCCAAGACUACCUUUUGUGUCCUAUUUUGUGUCCAGACGUCCUGCUGUCCCGUUUUCCCAAGACUUACUUCUUAACCGGGGAAAGAGACCCGUUGGUAGACGACACGGUCAUCUUCGCCGGCCGCCUCCGCCGCGUCAAGGCGGCACAAAUGGCCAGCAACGGCACCCGUUACGAAUACCGCGACACUGACGCGUCGACAGAAGGGUUCGACGAGAAUGCGUUUGCGGAAGUGGCGCUCAUACCGGGGAUUAGCCAUGGGUUUUUGCAGUUUCCUUCUGUUUACCCGCCUGCAUGGGGGUUGUUUGACAAGACGGGGAGUUGGAUAGAGGAGGGGUUUAGAGAGGGGGAGAGACGGAGGAGGAGGAGGGAGGAGAGGGGGAGGGGAAGCAGCAGGAAUGAGGGGGGUGAGUAUAGGGUUCAUACUCAGGAGAUGAAUAACCGGACGCCACACCACCAGAGGGGGAGGAGGGAUAGCGGGGCGACGGCUGUGACGGAUGGGACCGAGGGUGAUGGGGGGCUGGAGAUGAGGAUGAGUAGGUCGCGGCCGGGCCCUGCUGUUUCUGCUGCUCCUGGAAAGACGAGGGAGAGGGCGUCGACUACGUCGGUUUUGACGAAUGGGAAGGUUAAUGGGACAGAGAAACUGCCAAAGGUCAUGGUUUCGGGUGAUGGGGCGGAUAGCGGGUCCGGGAGUGGCUCUGGUUCGGGGGGGCAAAAGAAGAAGAAGAGAAGAGUCAGGACGGCGAGGGCCGAUGGUGACAAUGGGGGUUUGGUCAAGAGGUUGGCGAGUUCGGAUGAUUUGCUGGGGAGGAGGAUGCAAGGGUUGGCUGGGGGGUUGACGGGCUUGGCCCCUCCGGAGUAG